AUGAUUUCAUUAAUUAAACAUAGCAGGACAUUCAAAACGCAACAGAUUGUACCCAAGUAUAAUGUUGUGAAUAUUAUUAUUGCUAAUACUACCACAACAACAACAACAACAACAACAACAACAACAACAACAACUACUACUACUACUACUACUACUACUACUACUACUACUACUACUACUACUACUACUACUACUACUACUACUACUACUACUACUACAACUACUACUACUACUACUACUACUACAACUACUACUACUACUACUACUACUACUACUACUACUACUACUACUACUACUACUGAUACUACUACUACUAAUAAUAUUAAUGAUAUAUUUAUUUUUGGAAUAAACAAUCAUUUCAAUUUAAUAUCUUCAAUUGUUUAUCAAUUUGAAUGA